AUGCUAUCACAGCCCAAGACCAAGGGAACCUUUGACAGCUUUACUCCAAAUGGCAUCAUCAUCCCCCAAAGAGAGAAAUCUAAACACAGCUACCAAAAAGAAGACAACCCCCCGAACAAUCUGAGAAAAGAAGCUACAGUCCUUGGAAUUAUCCAGAUCUUGUGUUGCCUGUUGAUGUCAAGUUUGGGGGCAAUUUUGGUUUCUGCUCCUUACUCUUCCCAGUUCAAGCCAACACUUUUCACUAUUUUGAUGUCUGGGUACCCAUUAGUAGGAGCUCUGUGUUUUGCCAUUACUGGAUUCCUCUCAAUCAUUUCUGGGAAAAAGUCAACUAGGCCCUUUGCCAUGAGCAGCCUGACCACAAGCGCGAUGAGUUCUCUCACUACUGGAGGAGGCCUCUUCCUUCUUGCUGAUGGCCUGGUAGCCUUGGAGACUGCCUCUUGACAGUGUGACUCAGAAAGGGAAUCUCCAUCCUCAUUGCCUUAUUCAGGGUACUAUUAUUCAAUUUAUGAAUUCAAAGACUGUCUGCUGGCUAGUGUCAAUCUGACGAUAAGUAGUUUCAGACUGAAUAUCUUGCCUGGGGUGCUUGAUUCACAGGUGGUGCUUGAUUCACAGGUGGUGAUGCUCAUUUUCACUGUGCUGGAACUCUUAAAGGCUACAUACGCUUCCAUCCUUUGGUGGGAACAGAUGUACUCCUAGAACCCAGGAGGUACAUUUUCCUUGCCUCAAUCACAAGGUCAUAUCCAACAUGUCAAAAAGUCCUUCAAGGUCAUGGAUAGGAGUAACGCCUCAGAAGAUAAAGGAGGAGAAAGUCAGAGCUCCUGGCAAAGCGUGGUUAGACUUUCCUGA